AGUUGAUGUUCGACUAUUAACACAGAUGAGAUCGUAUUUGGCAGUAGCUGGUGACCUUUGUACGUUUUAUUUUCGCGAAGAAAGAUCUUUCAGUUGUUUACAGUGUAAUGAAAUAUACGAUAAUAACUUUCAUGUUGAGAAGAGAACGAAAAAUUACGUCAUUUAACUCCAGCAGAACAACGUCGACAUUUAUGUUACGACGAAGGUCAACAUUCCCCGAAUACCCUUUCUACUCGUGGGUUCGAGUUCGAUGCGCCUGUGUACUGUGUUGAUAUAAUUUUUAUCAUACUCAUAGUUCACUCGUCUCGAGUCGGCGUACUUGGUUGUUAUUUGGUUCGUUCGUUUGUUACAAUUUCACUCAUAUUUUUAAAAUUCCUUCAGCUGUUGGAGUAAUAUUAAUGCAUUAAAAUGAGCGAACAACAGAUACCUAAUUAUUUGAAAUUCGCCUUCGGUGGAUUAUCUGGAAUGGGAGCUACCUGUGUCGUACAACCAUUAGAUUUGGUCAAAAAUCGUAUGCAGCUGAGCGGAGCUGGUGGCAAACAAAAAGAAUACAAGACUAGUUUCCAUAUGAUAAGAGCGAUCAUAAAAAAUGAAGGAUUUUUCGCCAUGUACAACGGUCUCUCUGCUGGAUUAUUGCGUCAGGCUACGUAUACGACGACUCGUCUCGGAAUGUAUACCUGGUUAUUCGCUAAAUGCACCGGAGAUGGCCAAAAAUCACCCAACUUUGCUGUAAAAGCAGGCCUAGGAAUGUUGGCUGGUAUGUGCGGUGCUUUCGUUGGUACUCCGGCCGAAGUUGCAUUGGUUCGAAUGACAGCAGAUGGACGACUACCGGAAGCUGAACGAAGAAACUAUAAAAGUGUCGUUGACGCAUUGACCAAAAUAACCAAACAAGAGGGUGUGUUCCAACUUUGGAGAGGUGCUAUUCCUACGAUGGGUCGAUCAAUGGUCGUCAACGGUGCUCAGCUAGCUUCCUAUUCUCAAGCUAAAGAGUUCCUUAUGAGUACUGGAUACUUCAAGGAUAAUAUCAUGUGCCAUUUCACCAGCAGUAUGAUUUCUGGUUUGAUUACAACUGCUGCUUCGAUGCCGGUCGAUAUCGCUAAAACGAGAAUACAAAACAUGAAGAUAAUCGACGGCAAACCAGAAUACACCGGUACCGUAGACGUAUUGAAAAAGAUCCUCAAAAACGAAGGUGUAUUCGCCUUGUGGAAGGGCUUCACUCCGUACUACGCUCGUCUAGGACCUCAUACAGUACUUACUUUCAUAAUUCUAGAACAAUUAACCGGUUCGUAUUAUAAAUUCGUACUGGGCGACAAAACCGGCCGAGGAAGUGGCUUGUAAUUUUACAGAAUGCAGCAAAUCAAAAAGAAAUGAAGGAAUUUUCCUAUCAUCUGGCGUCCGUUAUCAUUAAGAAUAAAUACUUGAUUAUCUGUGAUCUCGGGUAAAUUGUUAACGAUAUCUAAUAAUUGUAAAUUAGUAUCUACCAUAUUGUAACACUGGCUGUUGCAAAGUGAAAAAAAUAUUGCGGAGAAAAAAAGUAUCGAAUGAAAUUUUGAAAAGUUGCCAGAUUAACUUACCAAUACCCUAUAUUUACAUCUUAUUUACCAUUUUAUAUAAUUUCAGUAUUUAAAAAUGCUUACGUAUGUGUAAUUUUUACAGAUUAUCUACUUGUAACUUGAUAUAUCGAUAUAUUACGUGUAGUCUGUUGAGACGCUUUUGAAUAGAGGAUGUCAAUUAUCAUGUUUUGUUUAAACUUAAGCCAUUCGUUAUUUAAAAAAGUUAUACUGCCUAACCAUUUCUGAAACUGAGACGUAGACGUGUUGAAGAAAAGAAAAAAAAACAAUACGAGUAUAAUUGAAACGAGAAGGUGCUUAAUAUUCAUAUCGUGUAUGCUUUUUCGCAGCAAAUUUAAUCGCUUAAUUAGCUAAAUAGGUUAUACAUAAUUUUGUAUGUACGUACUUAAGAGACGACUAUAUUAAUUACGACUUGGACGAAGCGUUCGUGUGAAUUUUUAAGUUUAGUUAAGGUUUUUGUUUUUGUUUCUGUGAAGUGAGCUCAUACGAGUUACCUUAUUUUAUAAACGACAAUAACUUAAGCUUUUUCUACGAUCGCUAUAUUUAUAAUAUUAUUAUUGGUAUUGUGUUAUGAUUUUUUGUUUCUUUAUUUCUCUUGUUGUAAAUGUUACUUAGGUUUCUUAUUGUUUUUAAAAUUGGAGUUUCUUUUUUCUUUUAUUUUUUUCUUUGUUGACUAGUCGAAUAUGGUGGAUUUUUUUUUUUUUAAAUCUUAGGUGUAUGUAUGUGUAGAAUGUACUGCGUUUUAUUCGUAAGGUUUACCUUGUAUGAUGUUAUUGUAAUGUUCUAAUCAAAUAUUUUACGAGUUUUUU